ACUUCAGGAAUUGAUCCAACGUGGCAUGAGGAAGAGGCAGGAUCAGCGUUAUCAGUCUCCGGCAGGGGCGAAUGUUAAUAAGAAAGGAGGUAAGUUCGAGGAUGACGACGAUCUUGAGGCGGCGUGCCGGAGCCUCGAGAAAUAUCUAGUGGAGAUGAUGGUGGAAGAAGGGAAGGUGAGGGAGCUAGCUGACGUGGAGGAGCUGCUCUUGUGCUGGAGCAACUUGACGUCUCCCGUGUUCGUGGAGUUGGUGAGCAGGUUCUACAGGGACCUCUGUAACGACUUGUUCUCCGCCGCCGGCGCCAAUGACGACGACGACGAAGAAGAGCAAUUCAUUGUGUCUUGAAUUUGUAAUUCGAUUACUCUUGUUCAGUUGUAGGAUUUGGCAUUUGCUUUUACUUCUUUAAAAAAACACAAAGGAAAAAAGGGAAUCAUUG